GGCGAUUAGGAGGGAAGAGCUGGAGGGAGCUUCGAGACUUAACUACAUAGCUAAUGCAUUUCCUUUGUCGUGUGUGCAUGUGUGUGUGUGUGUGUGUGUGUGUGUGAGGGAGGGGAGAGACUCACAAUCAUUCUUGUUGGAAUUUCUGACCCUUAGCCUUUGAAUAAAUGCGGGCUACAUCGGCAUAUACUCGGCAUGCUAGUUGGAGUGUUUCCUUCGGACAGGUCUCAAUCACACAAGUGCAGUUGCAUUGAAUGUCCCGCGAUCUUCGAUGGGGAUGUACAGGCUCGUGAAAGAUCUGCCUUUACUCUAGCGGAUACAAGGUGGAUCUAUGCUGAGAAGCAAAGGGGAAGCAGUGGAAGUUUAAGAGAGGAGAAUGCAGGCUGUGUAUUGGUACUCCGUCCUUCUCCUCCAGAGCAGUCUCUAUCUGGUUACUUGUGUUAAAGGAAAUAAUCCAGAAAAAUCAGAACUUCUAAAAACUGGGGACCCUAAGGCUACACAAAAGCACAUAUGGACAGAAAGCAGCAAAGAUCUGUCUAUUAGCCGCCUGAUUUCACAGACAUUAUCAGGCAAAGAGAAUACUACUGCUGUGGACCUACACUAUGAUACUCCUGUACCAUACUCUGACCAGGAUAUAUGGGAAUGGUUACGGAAUGCCUCGGACCAGCAGGAGCCCCGUCCUCGACCUAAGAGACGACCUAUAGUCAAAACAGGGAAGUUUAAGAAAAUGUUUGGCUGGGGAGACUUCCAUUCCAACAUCAAAACCGUCAAGCUAAACCUAUUGAUCACUGGCAAAAUAGUAGAUCAUGGGAAUGGUACCUUCAGUGUCUACUUCCGACAUAAUUCCACUGGGCAGGGGAAUGUAUCUGUCAGCCUGGUGCCCCCUACAAAAAUUGUGGAGUUUGACUUGGCUCAACAGUCAGUGAUUGACGCCAAAGAUUCAAAGACAUUUAACUGCCGCAUUGAAUACGAGAAAGUGGACAAGGCGAAGAAGACGACACUUUGCAACUACGAUCCAUCAAAAACUUGCUACCAGGAGCAGACUCAAAGCCACGUGUCAUGGCUCUGCUCCAAACCCUUUAAAGUCAUAUGUAUUUAUAUUUCAUUUUACAGUACAGAUUAUAAACUAGUGCAGAAAGUGUGUCCAGAUUACAAUUACCACAGUGACACUCCUUAUUUCCCCUCUGGCUGAGGGUGAGGUGGUUGAAAUCUGAGAAAAGGGUUAUUGUAAUUAUGUUAUUGUAAUGAAUUCUAUAUCCUAGUCUUCAUUUGUAUGAAUGGUUUGUACUGUAUAUAGUUUAUCCAGUGUUAUUUGAGCUACCUAUGAACAUUAUCUUGUAACUGUCUCUCUGCUUGUUUAUGGUUUAAAGAACAAAUGAAAUGAAGAAUAACGUUUUAUUUGUGUAGCUGUUCUAGCUUACAACAAACUCAUGUACAAACCAAUUAUUGAGAUUAAUGUACCUGGUGAGCUGACUAUUGGAAGAACAAUUUAA